CAAAAUGUGACAAAAUUCUGAUCAGCGAAUUGUGGUUCGCAUAGUUGGAACGUCGGGUGGUUCAGUAUAUGUGGUUUCAUUCUAUAAACAAUUGGUGUUCAUUGCAAAUUGGACUUGUAUUUUCUAAGUAGAGGAAGUUUGUGAAAUUGGAUCUUUGAGCGAAAGUUGUCAUCAAAAUCACUUUAUUUUGGAACUAUUUACUUGGAAUCAAUGAUAACCGAAGACUGUGAGAUGACUCGGCUGUCUUACGAGGAAUUGCGGCAAAAUUUCAAGGAUAGCGUUUAUUUCGCAGCCCGUGAUGGAUACGCAAUAAGCCUUGUUGCAUUGCUGAACGAAAUUGAUGAUUGGCAUCUUCAGAAUGAGUUGAUAAAUCAGGAGUUCAUAGAGGACGAUGGACAGAUUUUUACGCCAUUUAUUAUAGCUGCAAAAAACGGAAAAUACAAUGUCGUAUUCACCUUACUUAUGAAAUUUAAACCAGAUUUGGAAAAGGAAUGUGUAAUAAAAUUUGAUGGACACAUUGUGAGUGGUGCAACUGCUUUGUGGUGUGCGGCUGGUUCCGGGCACAUGAAUGUUGUUAAAUUAUUGGUAAAACAUGGAGCUAACGUAAAUCACAAAACAAAAGCCCAUUCUACUCCGCUUCGUGCUGCCUGUUUCGAUGGUCGUAUGGACAUUGUACAAUAUCUUGUUACUCAUGGAGCAGAUAUUAAUCUGGCCAAUGCAUACAACAAUACUUGUUUAAUGAUUUCUGCGUAUAAAGGUCACACAGAUGUGGUAGAGUAUCUUUUGUCAAUUGGUUCCGAUCCAAAUGAGCAGGCACUAUGUGGUGCAACCGCUUUACAUUAUGCUGCAGAAUGUGGCCAUGUAGAAAUAUGUAGUGCCCUUUUAGAUCAUGGUGCAGUGUUAAAGUUAAAUGAAUAUGGUAUGACUCCCGUUAUAGUAGCCGCUGAAAGAACUCGAGAAGCUGUAGUACACGUUUUCUCUACUCGUCCCCAUUUACUGUCCCGAAGAGAAACCAUAGAUGCUUUAGAAUUGAUGGGAGCUUCAUUUGCCAAUGAUAAAGACAACUACAACGUUGCAAAAGCAUAUCAAUAUUUGAUGCACGCAAUGGAGUUGCGAUAUGCAGAUGUCGAUGAUGUGAUAAAAAAGAAUUUAGCGCCACCAAUUCCUGCUUACGAAAACUGGGUUGAAAGUCAAACUAUCCAGGAUUUGCAAGCAAUACGAUAUAACAGCAAUUCAAUACAUAUGGAGUCUCUUACAAUACGGGAAAGGAUACUUGGCAGAAAAUGUCCAGAGGUUGCCCAUCCCAUUGUUUUCAGAGGAGCAGUGUGCGCUGAUAAUGGUCGUUUCGAUCGAUGUGAAAGUUUGUGGAUGCAUGCCCUAGAAAUUAGACAGGAAAAUAAUCUAUCUGUUCAGCGGGAUCUUCUCAGGUUCGCUCAAGUAUUCUCACAGAUGAUUCAUAUUAAUGCAGCUCUGCGAGUCAGUAAUAUACUGAAAGUUUCAGCGGCAUGUAUUGUGGAAUUGGAAAGAAACAAGCAAAAGAUGGCAAAACCAGGUCCUAAAGACGAUGUCGAAGUUAUAGCAGAGGAGUAUGAACAAAAUAUAGUGACCGUGCUUUAUCUUUUAACCAUCCUCACAAAAGUUUUGAAACGGCCCAAUCAAAGAAUACAAAAUUCUGACAUAGCGGCGCUGUACAAACUGGUUUUCACUUUAAGUAAAAUGAAUUUAAAAUUGCGCGAUGGACAGACUUUACUUCAUUUAGCGGUAAAUGGUGUAACUCCUGUCGACGAUUUUCAUACAAAUGAUGUUUGCAGGUUUCCUUGUGUGGAUACAGUGAAAUUGCUACUUCAUUGUGGAGCAAAUGUUUCAGAAUGCGAUUGUGAUCGUAACACACCCUUGCAUAUAUUGGCUUCUACGCUGCAAACUGCCCGUUCGAAUGAACACAAUGAUAUUAUCACGACUAUAGAAGAAAUUAUAAAGCUUUUCGUCGAGUCGGGCAUUCAUUUGGAUGCAGUCAAUAACGAUGGUUUAACGGCCGCGCAACUUUGUACUUCACAUUUAAUUGAGUCAUUAGUCAAAUCUUAUGAGAUGCAGCUAAUAAAUCUGAAGUGUUUGGCAUCACGAUGCAUUACAUGUCAUAAACUGAAGUAUAGAGGUCUCGUUCCUCAACAUUUAGAGAAUUUCAUCCAAUUACACAGUGCCGAAAAAUUUGCAGAUUGAUAGUGGGUACUAGACGUAAAAUAUCUAAAGUUUAAGCAGUUCGUAAGAGAAAGUAAAACCAUUUUGUACUGAUUAAAAAAUAUUCAAUUGUUUUUAAUGGACAAAUAGUGAAUUUUGGAUAUUAUUUAUUGGAAAAUACCAUGUGUUUAAUUACUUUUUUGUACUGAUUAAUACAAAGGAUCAAAUUGAUA